AUGAGACAGUGGGGGAUGAUUCAAGGCUGUGAACUGUGUGGAGAGAGGGAUGAGACACGAGACCAUCUAUUCUUUGCCUGCCCAUUCGCAUACUCAAUAUGGGAAGGGCCUGCUCGUUGGCUCCUAGGAAACGGUGUCAACCCGGACUGGCAGUGGACAGUUCAGAAGUUACAACGUAUGGGGACAAAAGGAAUUGACUCGUGUCUAGCUCGGCUCUAUUUUCAGGCGUGUAUCUACCUAAUAUGGCGAGAAAGAAACUCUAGACGCCAUCACCAGCCGCGCAACAGCGUCGUCCAGCUUCAAAGACUCACUGACAAAGCUAUGAGAAACAAGAUAUAUUCUCUCAAGUACCCAACAGAUCACAGGCUUGGAGGAAUGCUAAGAAGAUGGUUUGAAGUAACAAUGUGA